AUGCCUUUGGUCCAGAGCGCAGUCCCGUCCUUGUCAUCCUCUUCUCCAAUGCGUGGGCGCCCCAGAGGCUGCGCACUGGUACCCCAGCCCAACUUCACCCCGCCCCCGCGCCCGCCCGCCCGCAGCUCCGCAGCCCCACAGCCCCGCAGCAGCCACAGGAGGAACCAAAGAGACACAAGCCUUCCCAGCUGCCCGGACCACAGACGCCAACACCCGCCGCCCCCCACCACACGCCGCCCUCCCGCCCGCGCCCCGCACGCAGUGCCAGUCAGCCCACAACCGAGCGGCGGCGGAGACUGCAGACUGCGCAGACUGCGCUGUGCGCGCUACCGGCCGGCGCUCGCCCCCGCUCCCUCGCUCUCCCGCUUGCUCGCCACCCCGGGUGACUCUGUCCCGCCCGGCCGGCCAGACCGGAGCCCCUGUCCGCAGCGCCCGCGCGAGCCCCCGGCCCGGGUUCCGGCGCCCACCGGCUCUCGCCGCCUCUCCGCCCCCUCAGUUCGCGGCAAGGGAGGUCGCAGCAGCGGCCCGGCGGCAGCGGUGACCGUGGCGACCGCGGCGACAGUGGCGGCGGAGGUCGCUGCAGCGGCGGCUGCGGCGGCGGAGGCUGCGGCGGCGACCGUGGCGGAGGCGGUGGCGGAGGCCUCCGUGGCGGAGGCGGAAGCAGAGCUGGAGGCUGAGGUGGAGGCCGAGGCCGCGGCGGUGGCGGCGGAGGCCAGCCUGGGGGAGGCGGCCGCCCUGGCGGGCAAGAAGCCUGGCAGAGGCCAGCCUUGA